AAACGAGGCAUAAUAUAGUAAACUAAGCAUAUGUUUCCAGCAAAUGGUGGGUGUCUCAGAGUUGGAUCUCUCUCUUAUUCUCUUCUUCACCAAGUCACACUCCAAUUCACUCACAUUUUUUCUUUCUCCUUCACUCUCUUCCUCUGCAAAUUUUACUUAAACAACCUCUAUGCUGUUAUCAUCAAGCUAUGUGAGCCUUAGGCCACCCCUAACGUCUCUUUUCUCUGUGUUUUGAUUGCUUGUUCUGUAACGUUUCAACACUCCAUUUACUGCUACCUUUGACUUGGCUUAAUUCCCUUUGUUCAAUACACGUUUCCUUUUUGCAAUUAGCUCUCUCUCCCUCUCUCUAUCUCUCUCUCUCACUUUGUUUUGGUCUUUAUAUUAUGUCUAAGCGUUUCCUUAUUGGCGUUUCUCUCCUCCAUUCACCUUUGAAAGCUUUCUUCCGCUUCUGAAUAUCUGAAUACAUAUGCACAAACCCAUGGCUUAAAUCUUAGCUUUUCUUUAUGGUGUUUCUCUCUAUGAAUGCUGAUCAACCUGCCAUGAUGUGAUGGCAGUGAUGCUCUUUACUUUCUGUGCUCGGGGUUCUUUCAUCUGGUUUCAGGCAAUUGUUGGCUAUAUGUAGUAAAUUUUCUAUUGUCAAGAUUUAGAGGGAGGCAGAACACAAAAAGAAGCAUUUGCCUGUACCUGACUUAUUAUGGUUAUGGCCAAUAAAAAAGCAUUACUUGUUUCAAACUUUGGUAGUGCCUUUGACUUUGGUUACUAUAAUUCACCAGCAGAGAAGAUGAGAAUUCUCGAAUUGUCACCACCCUCCGACGGCAACGGUUCUUCAACUCAUGAUGAAGAACCUUUACCUCAGGAUGCAGAUUAUAUUGUUCCGAGUCUCAGCGACGAGCUAGAGACAAUGAUCUUGGCCAGGUUUCCAAGAUCACAGCACUGGAAACUGUGCUUCCUAAACAAGCGGUUCUUGAAUCUAUUCAAGAGCGGCGAGAUCUACAAAAUCAGAAAGGAGUUAGGAAUCAAAGAGCCCUCAGUGUUCAUGUUAGCCAGUGGUGAGAGCAACUGGUGGGGAAUGGACUGGCCUUUCAAGAAAAGUAGGAAGCUCCCUCCAAUUCAAUCAGAUUACAGCUUUGAGUAUGGAGAUAAAGAAUCAUUCUCAGCAGGCUCACAACUCUUGGUUUCAGGCAAGGAGAUUGAUGGCGCGGUUAUUUGGCGGUUUGACGCGGAAACAAACGAAUGGUUUAAAGGACCAUUCAUGAUCAACCCAAGGUGCCUUUUCGCGUCGGCUACCAGCGGUUCUAUAGCCUUUGUUGCUGGCGGUCUUGACUCACAAUCUUACAGCCAAGUCCUGGAUUCUGCUGAGAAGUACAACUCUGAGACACAAUCUUGGGAAUUUCUCCCAAAGAUGAAUCAGAAGAGGAAAUUUUGCUCUGGUUGUUUCAUGGAUAACAAAUUCUAUGUCAUUGGUGGACAAGAUGAGAAUAAUAAGGACCUCACUUGUGGAGAGUUUUAUGAUGGAAAAACAAACAGCUGGAGCCUAAUUCCUGACAUGUUGAAAGAUAUUCCUCCCUCAGUUUCGCAGUCACCGCCUCUCAUCGCAGUCGCGAGUAACGAGCUUUACUCGCUUGAUGCUUCUUCCAAUGAGCUGAAAGUGUAUCUCAAGGGAAGUAAUACAUGGAAGAAGCUCGGGGGGGUUCCGGUGCGGGCUGAUGCUCAGGGAGGUUGGGGUGUGGCGUUCAAAUCUCUUGGUGAUGAGUUACUUGUUAUUGGUGCGCCUUCUGUGUCUCACACAGAGCGUGCUCUGGCAAUGUAUACUUGCUGCCCUGAUCCGACCGCUGAGAAACUGCGAUGGAGGCAGAUUGAAUGUGGUAGCAUUCAGCUUAAUCACUUCAUUCGCAAUUGUGCUGUGAUGGGAACUUGAAAAGUCUGAAUUUCAAGCAAUAACAUAGCUUGAAAGUUUAAAUCAAUCUCCAGAAUAAAACUUGCAGGGUUGAUCUAGGAAUAUCUUCCGAUCAAGCUUCUGCUCACAUUGGGCAACAACAUAAACAGUACGUAAAGUAAAGUACUGUGUCUAAGUUUUAUCCAUCCUUUUGCUUUUACUAUCAUCUCAUGUGUGUGUGUCUGUGUUUUUCUGAAGCAAAGCUAGUUGAUGUAACUUGUUCUUUAAUUUCCAUCGUUAAAUUGGUAAGGUAGUGACAAUGGUAAGUGCAUCUUAGUGUUGUUACAGAAAAUCAGAUAAUGAGCUUCAUAUAGCUCAAAUGCUAUUGCUUCUGUUCCAUGUUCUGAAUGAUGCCCUAAUUAUGUUAUUAAUGUAUGGAUUUUAAAUCAUGUUUUGGAAUAUCAAUUUUUAACUAUGUACUUAAAAGAGUAAAAGACUCUUCAGUUCA